GACCUCAGGCGGGUGCGGGGCCACGCCCUCCCAAGCGCCAUGCUGGGCGUUCGCGGCGCGGCCGUCGCGCGGGGCCUGCAGGUCCUGACGCACUCAUGGCGGCGGGACUCCCGCGCCCUGGCCCUGGCGCGUGCGUGUGGCGCGCCCCUCGCGGGGCACUGGCAGCCUUCUGCGGGGCCGGGACCGCGCAGGCGUCGGCUCAGCCUGUCGGCCGCGGCGGUCGUGAAUUCGGCGCCGCGCCCUCUGCAGCCCUACUUGCGCCUCAUGCGGUUGGACAAGCCCAUUGGCACCUGGCUGCUGUAUCUGCCGUGUACUUGGAGCAUUGGGCUAGCAGCUGAACCAGGUUGUUUUCCAGAUUGGUACAUGUUAUCCCUCUUUGGCACUGGAGCUGUUCUGAUGCGCGGAGCAGGCUGUACUAUUAAUGACAUGUGGGACCGGGACUAUGAUAAAAAGGUUAUAAGAACAGUGAAUCGCCCAAUAGCAGCUGGAGACAUUUCAAUUUUUCGAUCCUUUAUUUUCCUCGGAGGACAGCUGACCUUGGCACUGGGUGUUCUUCUGUGUCUGAAUUACUACAGUAUAGCUCUGGGAGCAGCAUCCCUGCUUCUUGUCAUCACCUACCCGCUAAUGAAAAGAAUUACAUACUGGCCUCAACUAGCCCUAGGGCUGACUUUUAAUUGGGGAGCAUUACUUGGAUGGUCUGCUGUCAAGGGCUCCUGUGAUCCAUCUGUCUGCCUGCCUCUUUAUUUUUCUGGAAUCAUGUGGACUCUAAUAUAUGAUACUAUCUAUGCCCACCAGGACAAAAGAGAUGAUGCUCUGAUUGGUCUUAAGUCCACGGCGCUGCGUUUCCAUGACAACACCAAGCGGUGGCUCAGUGGCUUCAGUGUGGCGAUGCUGGGGGCUCUGAGCCUGGUGGGCGUGAACAGCGGUCAGACCGCGCCCUACUACACUGCUCUGGCUGCUGUAGGAGCCCAUCUGGCACACCAGAUCUACACUCUAGACAUCCACAGACCUGAGGAUUGUUGGGAUAAAUUUACCUCCAACCGAACACUAGGACUAAUAGUUUUGUUAGGGAUUGUCCUUGGGAAUUUGUGGAAGGAAAAAACAGAUGAAGCAAAGAAAAGUAAAGAUAGUAGAAUAGAAAAUUAGCAAAUGACAUUGAUCUAGGAAUCUUUAAAACAAAGUUUGGCAAAACACUCUCAGGUCUUGUUACCACAUAAUUAGAUUUGAAGAAGCAGUCUUGCAAUGUGUUAAUGAAUUAAGAACCAGAAGAUGAAGAUGUAGACCAUAUUUGCCUGGAUUUAGUUCAAGUAUUUACUAGCAAAAUCCUUCCCCUGUCUCAGAAACCAGGAACGCUUUAGGAUUUGAGCGACCUUGAGUCUUCUGCUCAGGAUGAUUCCCAUCUGCAGUUACGGGAAUGGUAUGAGUUUGGGCACUUUAAAAGACACCUGAUUUGUAUCUCAUCUAAAUGAAUGAAUGUAGGAAAACGGACUUUAUUUUUAGGGAAAAAUAAAAGCUGCUGUAGAAAGUUGGGGUUUAUUGUUCUUUGUUGUGACCUUUACUCACUACCAAAAGCUGUACUUGAGGAAACCAGUCUGUUUUUUGUAUCUUUGGAGAAUUUAAAUAAGUAAAUAAAAAUUUUUAUCUAUUGUAUCCAUA